AUGUCUCGUGAAAGCCUUCUCUCUUCCGCUGCUGAGAAACCAAAGCCUUGCCUAGUCUCAAAGGGAAUGCCGACUCGUAAACUCGAAAUCACGGCCAUAUCGGCGGAGGGUCUACUCGACGGUAGAAAACCGGUGAAGAAGAACGCCUUCGUAGCCUUCGACAUCGCCGGGAACCACUGCAGCGGGGCGAUAAGAACGAGGGUCGGCGGGGAUUAUCCGGCGUGGGAAGAUAAGCUAGAGACGGAGUUUUCGUUACCAUCAUCGGAGAAGAAGGAUAAAGAGAGUUUCAUGUACGUUGGUGUUUAUUGCCAGGUCUCAGGGAAGGAUAAGCACGUGGGAACGGCACGUGUGCCGAUAAAGGAUUUUACGGGAGGAUAUGCGCCGGAGGGUUUCUUGCAUUGUUUGAGUUACAGAUUGUGGGACGAGUACGGGAAAAGGAACGGUAUUGUCAAUUUCUCGGCGAGGAUCUUGCCUGAUAAUAAGGCCGGUUUGAGUUCGUUUUGGUUAAGUCCUUAUAACCAACCAAACGUUCUUGAACAACAUCUGUGUCUUCUCUCAGCUACUAAUGAUACUUACCUAAUUGUUGUUGUGUAA